GAAGCUCAAAAGCAGCCAAAGAAUUUCAGCGGUGAAGUUGACUUCUGCUGAUUUAGAGCACUCGUUGCGUUCAUUGAAGACGCAGUUUUGUUGCCGCCUUGAACUUCUUUCUUCAACAAAAACAGCAGCCAUGGAGAAUGGAGAAAUCCCAGAAAACGCCAACGAACAUUGCCCGGGUCCUAAUUCAGAGACGGCGGGUAAAUCCGAUGCCUGCCAAGGUUGCCCUAAUCAGGAAGUUUGUGCCACUGCCCCUAAGGGCCCUGACCCUGACUUGGUUGCAAUUGUGGAAAGAAUGGCUACUGUUAAGCAUAAGAUACUGAUUUUAUCAGGGAAGGGAGGAGUUGGCAAAAGCACUUUUUCUGCCCAGCUCUCAUUUGCACUAGCUGCUAAGGAAUUCCAGGUGGGUCUCCUGGACAUUGAUAUAUGUGGCCCUAGCAUUCCAAAGAUGCUUGGCCUAGAAGGUCAAGACAUUCACCAGAGCAAUCUUGGCUGGUCUCCUGUUUAUGUUGAAUCCAACCUUGGGGUCAUGUCGAUUGGGUUCAUGCUCCCCAACCCCGACGAAGCUGUCAUUUGGAGAGGACCGCGUAAAAAUGGGCUUAUCAAGCAAUUCCUUAAGGAUGUAUAUUGGGGUGAGCUUGAUUUUCUGGUUGUUGAUGCCCCACCUGGGACCUCUGAUGAGCACAUCUCAAUUGUCCAAUUCCUUCAGGCUACUGGAAUAGAUGGAGCAAUCAUCGUCACUACGCCUCAGCAAGUCUCUUUGAUUGAUGUGCGGAAAGAAGUUAAUUUCUGCAAAAAAGUUGGAGUACCAGUUCUUGGGGUUGUUGAGAACAUGAGUGGCUUGUGUCAACCAUUGAUGGAUUUCAGGUUUUUGAGGAUGAUGGAGACUGGUGAACACACAGAUGUCACGGAGAAGGUCAUCGAGUAUAUGAGGGAGAAAGCACCAGAAAUGGUAGAUCUCAUCGCUGCCAGUGAAGUCUUUGAUAGCAGCGGUGGUGGUGCAGCAAAAAUGUGUCGAGAGAUGGGAGUACCAUUCCUCGGUAAGGUGCCAUUAGAUCCACAUCUUUGUAAGGCAGCUGAAGAAGGCAAAUCUUGCUUCGUUGAUCAGAAAUGUGGGGUGAGUGCUCCUGCAUUGAAGCAUAUCAUUGAGAAACUAAUGACAAAUUAUUGGCCCGAAGAAAUGGCUGUGGAACAGUAGCUUAGAGUGAAUUAAUUUUCAUCUGUGGUGAUCAUUGUGGAAUAGAAUUUUUGUUUGCAUGUAAUGUAAUGUAAUAUUCUUCUUCCCGAUUUAUAAUUUUGUGAAAUUUUUCUGUGGGA